GAAUAGAAAGGGGUAACAUGAACUAAUGAGACUGAGAGUUCAGUCUGUGACAAGUCAUUUCACUUUUCUCAGUUUCCUUGAUUGCAUUUACUAAUCCAUGAAAGGAUCUCAAAGUACAAAGAAACUCUAGCAUAGUAAAAUAUAAAUAGCACUGUCAUCCCAAUAUUACAUGAGUCCUUAGUUCCUGCUAAAUUGUUGAACAAUUGAACUUGAACAAACCAUGAUGCAGACUUCACCUUUUCAUAGGCUCUUCCAUAGUUUUGGGAAUAAUCUCAUUUGUGAAACACACAGGAUUUCAGCUGAAAUUUUUCUACUAAACAUGUCUCCUCUUCCACAUUUUCCUCUUAAACAGCUUCUAACAAAGGCUCUACUUUGAAACAAAAUAUGUUCACAUCCACUUAUGCACUCUCCCUUUAUUAUUUAAUGUAGCCUUUCUCUUUUUUUGUGAAUCCUGGGAAUAAACCAGACACCAAGCCUUGGAGUCUCCCUUCUGCCAAGUAAUAGAUUUAUUAAAACAUUUUUUAAAAAGCAGAAAUUAUUUAUGGUCCUUAACCUACAACCUCCAAUAUGGUAUUUAUUCAGAUUCUGUAUAUUAAAAACAAAAGCAAGUAGAAGAUCUGGUUUGGGCUGUGUGCAGACAUUAAAUUGAACUCAAAGAGUCAAGCCAGUCAUAUUCUACAGAACUGCUGUAAUUGAUUAACAAAAUUGAUUAUACUUUUCCUGAGAUGAAGUCCACAGUAAUGGACGAGACAUGAGGAGAACAUUCCCUUGACACUCAUGAUCAUUUGUUGCCUUGUUAUUCUAACUGCUGUACCACUCACUAACUGCUUUUGUGGACUCAAACUCAUAGAGAAGAUAUUCAGGAAUACAUGAAGUCCAGGACUGGAUUAAUUCGUUGGGUUGGAUUGUCCCGCAAGAACUCUACUGAGGUCUGGAUGUGGGAAGAUGGCUCUGUGCCCUCCAAAAAUGUCAUUUCAGACAUGCAGGAGGAAGACACAUAUGCCUCUCUUCAGUGGGAUCCCCCAACACCAAGCCCUUACCAGAAACAUCUGUCUUCCAUCAAAUAUUCAGGAGCAUGGUGUCUGGUGGUGGUGAUUUCAUGUAUUCUCUGCGUGGGCUCAGUAACAACCUCUAUUUUCUUGGGGAUCAAGUUGUUCCAGGUGUCCACUAUUGCAAUGAAGCAGCAAGAAAAACUCAUCCAUCAGGAUAGAGAACUGUCGAACUUCACACAAUGGAAGAGAAACCAUAACCUUCAGAUGAAAUGUUGCCAAACCUUGAGGCAAAAGUCUUUCAGUUCAGCCCAUAACUGCAACCCUUGUCCAGACAACUGGAUUCAGAAUGGAGGAAGUUGUUACCGUGUCUUUGAAAACUGGAAAUUUUGGCACACCAGUAAAGAGGACUGUUUGAAGGAGGGUUCUAAUCUUCUACAAAUAGACAGCAAAGAAGAAAUGGACUUUAUCACUGACAGCCUGAGUAAUGUCAAGAAAGGCUAUGAUUACUGGGUGGAGCUACCUCAUGAUGGACUCAGCAGACCGGGGCUUUGGAAAGAUGGCUCCCCUCCUUCACCUUCCCUAUCGCCAGUACAGACUCUCCAAUCAACUGACCAGCUCUGUGGAUAUCUCAAGGACAAGUUCCUUUCUUCCACUAACUGCAGCAAUUGGAAAUAUUUUAUCUGUGAGAAGUAUGUGUUAAGAUCCUCUAUCUGAAAGAAAUUGUACCAAGAGAAAUCUAUUAUGAUAGUUAUGUUGAACAGGACAUUGGAAAACCUGCCACAAAAUUCCAUAAAGCAGAUGCAGAAGUGAACCUAGAUGUGGGCUAUGAUAACAUUUUCCUGGGACUCAAAACCUAUCUCUAUACUUACACUUGUCAAUUUUCUUCAAUACUUCAAUUGACAUUGUUUAAAUUGCCAAGAAUAGAACCGAUUUAUAGCUUCAAAGGACAAAAUCCUGAAAGGUUGAGAACAAACUGAAGAAAAAUAAUUUCUUUGUGCUUUCUUUCUUUCCUUUUUUCUUUCUUUUUUUCCCCUAAUCUAGAAUGACUAUAAACUCCACACAAAAACCUAUAAGCCACUGGGGGGUGGAAAUGUAUUUCUAGCUGACUGGUUUUUCUUUUUUCUUUUCUUCCUUUUCUUUACUUUCUUUUCUUUUCUUUUCUUUUCUUUUCUUUUCUU